AUGGUGGCGAUAUAUGAUCAUGGAAACGACAGCGAGAGCUGCUCUGGGAAUUGGAACUGUAAAGACUUCGAAGCACGGGCCGCUCAGGUGAACGCUGCCAAAAGCUGCGAUCCAGAGGGGCACUACGUCCGGCGAUGGCUACCUUUUUUGGCCGGAUGCCCCACUGAGUACAUUCACAGGCCUUGGGAGAUGCCCCUGCGAGUAGCUCGGCCGCUGGGGCUUCCCAAGCUGGAGCCCCUGGUGCGGGAUCUCGACGCGGCGCGCCGGGCACAUUGCAGGCAGGUGUUGGAGGUCCGGCGAAAGCAUCCGGAGAUGGUCUCCCGAACGGGCCAUGAAUGGCUUCGCUUGGGCGGCGGGCUCUUAGCGAAGCUUGUGACCCGGCAAGAGUUCCGCACAGAGACCGAGGAUUUCAUCUUCUACCAGGGACCGAGGCAAAAAGGCUCCAAGGGAGGAUCCAAAGGUGCAGGGCUGGAUGCCGGCCGCAGCGUGCUUGCGGAGGAGGUGCAAAAACACGAAAGCGACACUUUCGGCCCCGGCCUUUGA